AUGGAAAAUGGUAGAUGCACUAAGAAAUACCCUCGAGCUUUCACAGAAACAACAACUAUGGAUCAAGAUGGAUACCCUAUCUAUCGUCAUUGCAAUAAUGGUCAAGUACAUAUUGUGAGGGGGCAAGAAGUUGAUAAUAAGGAUAUUGUACCAUACAAUGCAUAUCUUUCUAAACUUUUCAACUAUCAUAUAAAUGUGGAAGUUUGUGCCGGAAUGAGAUGUGUCGAGUAUAUACAUAAGUACAUUUAUAAGGGUUAUGAUCAUACAACGAUGGUGUUGGGAAUAAUAAAUGAGAUUCAACAAUAUCUUGAUGCAAGUGAAGAUGAAUGUCCAUUCACUUAUCAAGAAUUUCCACAGCAUUUUGUUUGGCUCAAGUCAAAAAAGAGAUGGAAAUCAAAAGAAAAGGGAUAUGCAAUUGGUAGAACGUACUUUGCUAGCCCUAAUUGUGGUGAAAGAUUUUAUCUGCGUUUCUUAUUAACUGUUGUCAAAGGACCAAAGUCGUUUCAGUCUUUACACAUGGUUAAUAAUGUUGUGCAUGAUACAUUUAAAUUAGCAUGUGUUGCAAGGGGGCUUUUAGAGGAUGAUGAAGAAUGGAUAAGCUGCUUGAAAAAGGCUGUAGUUAUGAAAACUGGAUAUCAAUUGAAGAGAUUGUUUAGUAUUAUUCUCACCCAGUGCUCUCCACUAAAUCCAUGUGCAUUAUGGAAUCAAUUCUCAACGCAUCUAUGUGAUGAUCUUGCACAUAAGAUUCGCACAUUGUUUGCCAUUUCUAACCCCACAGCGGCUCAAAUUGAAGAUUAUGGUCUCCAUCUUUUGAAUCAAAUGCUUCAUGAAUGA